UGAAUACGAGCUCGCCAUUUUUAUUCACAUUAACAAGAUGCCUUAGUACUGUACUUUGGUUUUUGCGUCACUGAUGGGAGAAAUUAACAAAGCAACCAGGAAGAUAGGGAGAGUAGGGCACUUGUUUUUGUAAAUUGAGAAAAUGGAUUUUCGGGCUGUUUACUCGCGGGGAUGGCUGCCCUAGGAUUUUUGCAUUAGAAGAAUUUUCGCCGAGGAAGCUCACGCUAGGCUCAUAACCGUAAUGUUGUAUCAUCUUUUAAUUAUCAGGAAUAUUGAGAUUUUUUUUUUCAAACGAAGUUCCAAGCUAUCAUUUCUGUUUCCCAGUUUUUGCAAGUGGGUGAAUGAUCAAUGCGCUUGGGCGUGUUAAUUAUACUGAAGAAAAAUGGGUUUUCAGUUUGCACCAGUGAUUUUUGAACGUGAUGGUUGGGGAGAUGGGAAGCUAAAAAGGCUUCAGGUGUAUGCUAAUUUGUGAAAUGAUAUGGCAAGUACUUUACCUUUUCAAAUUGGGCAACUGGUAGAAUCACGUUGCUUUCUCACUGGUUACCGUGGUGCUUGGUUCCGAUGUAAGAUUAAGGACAGUGGCUGGAGAAUGGGGAGUCUAUCUUAUGAAUUGGAAUUUGUUGACUUUCCGGAUGAAGAAGUAGUAUGGACAAAGCCAUUUCAAAAACCACCUGCAGCCUUUGGUAUCCCAUCAACUGGGCCAAAAGGGCAGUUGAUGGUGCGUCCUCAGUUUCCACAAGUGUAUCGUGAAAAACAAUUAUCUGAUGUUAGUACCAAUUCUCAGCUAGAGGUGACUGUUGUUGUGAAUGAUGUCUGGAAGGUUGGGGAUUUAGUUGAUUGGUGGAAGGAUAACUGUUAUUGGUCUGGCAAAAUUAUUGCUGUAUUGGGGGAUGAGGUGGUCAAGAUUGAACUGCUACCCCCACCAUUUGGUGAAGGAUUGACUUAUCGUGCCUCCUGCAAGGAUUUGCGGCCAUACUUAGACUGGUCUCCAGAGUCUGGUUGGGUAGUCCCAAAUAUGAAGGUGAAGGGAAGUACUCAAUGUGCUCGGGUGCUUAAACAUCCAAGUGGAGCCGAGAAUUUGAGUGAAGGAAAUGUUGGAAAAUCACAUGCUUCAUCCUCAGCUUUUCAGACUACAGAUAGUUCAAUGCAGCCUACACAUGAGACAGCAAGACCAUCGAAGCGACUGUGCAAUGACACGGCAUCGAAGGAGAAACACGAAGACACACCUGAAACAAAUUGUGGUCAGUCCUUAAAGGAUAUGGUGCCCAAUGUCACUUUGAAUUCCACGAACCAUGGUUCAUUAGAAGCUGCAAUUUUGGACAUGGAAGAGCUAAUAAACAGGAUUAAAUGGAUAAGACGCAUUUUAGAUGGAGGAAUAGCUCUGCAAAAUGCUUCAGGAUCUCCAUGGAAGUUUCUGGAACACCGACCUUCAUCUACACCAAAAUGAAGGCAUCAAAAGGAAGGUACUGUUAUGUUAUGUAUUAGUCUAGGACAUGAACUCUCUGUUGAAUGGUUUUGAAAAGUUGGGCUUAGAAAAUAACAAUCUUUGAGAUAAUUGAAUUCUUUUUCUCAAUUCAUUUA